CCAAGAUGACCGGUAACCUCCUAGCACCGAAUGCGACAUUUAUCGACCCGCACAAUGUCCGGCUAGGAUGGACGUCUGCGCCCAAUCAACGCGGCACCAUCGAUAUUCUCUGGAGUUGUCUGUCCGCCCUGCUCCUUGCACUAUGGACGAUGCUGCAUUUGAACGUCCCUGCUGAGACUGACACCUGGAUGACCGUCUUCUGGCGAAAAUUGCGAUGGCUCAUUCUGGGAGUACUUGCCCCAGAGCUCCCGAUGCUCUUUGCAUGUGCCCAAUAUGCAUCUGCGAAGAGAUCUGUUGCUGAUUUCGCAAAGCUUGGCUAUACUACAAAGCAAUGGUCGCUCUGCCACGGCUUCUGUGCGGAUAGCGGUGGCUACGUCCUCCAGCCUCUAUACUCGCAAUCCUUUCCAAUAACCGCCAAGCAGCUCCACUAUCUGGUUCAGCAUGGCUAUGUAUCAAUCCCGAAGACCACGAGGCGAGAGAUUUGGGACAAAAGUAAAGCGGAUAGCGUUGGCAAACUCUUGACUUUCCUCCAGUGUGGAUGGCUGGUGGUGCAAUCGAUCGGUCGUGCAAUCACGCACCUCCCUAUCACGCCGUUUGAACUGUCUACAUUGGCACUCACCUGCUCAGCUCUAUGUACAUUGGGGUUUUGGUGGAAUAAACCUCUCGAUGUACGCACGCCUAUUGUGCUACACACAAACUCAACCAUCGCCGACAUUCUUUGCGGAGCCGGCGAAGCGGCUAAGGACCCCUUUAUGGACACACCACUGGACUUCGUUGAAGGCCGUAUAUACAUGUCAAGCAAAUGGAGCAGGCAUGUUCUACGAUGGAUACUUCAAGCUGGCCUUCAAAAACGGCCGCUGGACCGCAUACCGGACGAUCGGGAUAUACAAGCCAAUCUCAAACAGCACGCUGUUCUAGCAAUCGGAACUGCUGCUUUCGCGAGUAUCCAUCUAUGUGGCUGGACAUUCGAGUUUGCAGUGAGAUGGGAACAGAUACUCUAGCGCUCUAGCUGCAUAUCUGUUUGGUUGUUACUAUGUAUCUAUAGCUGCUCGGAGAUGGCAGUCUACUACAAGGAGACUUGAUGUAACUGAUGUAUUAGAAGAAGGACUAAUCUAUGUAGAAGUCCGAAGAUAGAGUGCAGCAGUUGCAGCCUUAGGCAUUAGGUACGUAAUGGACCCUAAUACCUAG